GCUCCGCGCCCUCCCCGCCUCCUCCGGGCGCCGGGUCCGUCGGUCCUCUGGAGAUGCUGCUGCUGCCAGCCGUUGAAGUUGCGGAGCACGCCGCUGCCGUUCUUCCAGCUCCACCGCCGUAGCGCCCCGGCGUCCGAAGGCGCACCCGAGCCGGGCCAUGCAGCCGGGAGCGGCGCCGCAGGCCGUGCUGGUGGCCGUGCUGCUGGCGGGGCUCCGGGGCGCGACGGGUCGCCUGCUAAGCGGUCAGCCAGUCUGCCGGGGAGGAACACAGAAGCCUUGCUAUGAAGUCAUUUACUUCCAUGAUGCUUCUCGAAGACUGAACUUUGAGGAAGCCAGAGCAGCCUGCAGGAGAGAUGGGGGUCAGCUAGUCAGCAUCGAGUCUGAAGAUGAACAGAGACUGAUAGAAAAGUUCAUUGAAAACCUCCUGGCUUCUGAUGGUGAUUUCUGGAUUGGGCUUAGGAGGCGUGAAGAGAAACAAAGCAAUGGCACAGCCUGCCAGGACCUUUAUGCCUGGAUCGAUGGCAGCACAGCAACAUUUAGGAACUGGUAUGUGGAUGAGCCUUCGUGCGGCAGCGAGGUCUGCGUGGUCAUGUACCAUCAGCCAUCAGCACCCGCCGGAAUCGGGGGCCCCUACAUGUUCCAGUGGAACGACGACCGAUGCACCAUAAAGAACAAUUUCAUCUGCAAAUAUUCCGCUGAGAAACCAACAGCUCCUUCUACAAGGCCUGGAGGUGAAGGAACAGAGCCAGCAAUGCCCGUACUUCCAGAAGACACAGAGAAAGAAGAUGCCACAGAAACACUGAAAGAAAGCAAAGAAGCUGCCUUGAAUCUUGCCUACAUCCUAAUCCCCAGCAUCCCCCUUCUCCUCUUCCUUGUGGUCACCACAGGUGUAUGUUGGGUUUGGAUCUGUAGAAGGAGGAAACAGGGGCAGCCAGGGCCCAGCACGAAGGAGCAGCGCCCCACCUGGCCCGCUCCUCAGCCGGGGAACAGCCCAGACCUGGAGGUUUACAAUGUCAUACGAAAGCAGAACGAAGCUGAUCUAGCCGAGACCCGGCCGGACCUGAAGAAUAUCUCAUUCCGAGCGCGCUCGGGAGAGGCCACUCCCGACACCGUGUCUUGUGACUAUGACAACGUGGCCAUGAACCCAUCCGAAAGCGGGUUCUUGACGCUGGUGAGCAUGGAGAGUGGCUUCGUGACCAACGACGUUUAUGAAUUCUCCCCAGACCGAGUGGGAAGGAGCAAGGAAGCCGAGUGGGUGGAAAAUGAAAUAUAUGGUUAUUAGGAUGCAUGAUCGAACCCUGAACUGACAAGAAUAAGAAAGAAGAGAGAAGCAAAAGUCUAUUUUCUAUAAGGAAAUCCCUCAGAAGGUCUGUGAAAGUGCUCAGAUCAGGUCCUGGGGGUGAGCAUGAGAGCCCCUGUUGGACCCGCAGUUCGGGCUAUAUCCCUUAUCCCAGUCCCUCACCUGGCUGGAACUUCUGAGAAAGCACCUUGUCCAGCGUCUGGCACAUAAUAGAAAGUAAACAACUGAUUGUUACAACUGA